AUGGGUCCUAUUGGAGGUCCCAUUUCUAAAGUGGGAAUCGAGUUGACUGACUCGCCGUACGUUGUUGCCAGCAUGCGCAUCAUGACGAGGAUGGGGAAGGAGGUUCUGUCAUUGCUGCAGAAGGACGACUCAAAUUUCAUCAGGGCAUUGCAUUCGGUCGGACUACCCAAACCAGAAACCCGUGAGUUUAUGCACAGUUGUCGAGACCAAAUGGUUUUAUCUGGCCCUGUUUAA